AUGGGGGGGACAGUGGUGUGGGGGGGGACAGUGGUAUGGGGGGGACAGUGGUAUGGGGGUCAUUAUUGGUUCUCUUUCAGAUUUCGACGGGUGCGUUUGGUAUUAAAGCAAAUCAGUUUGAGUUAUUCUUUACAGCAAUUGCAGUCGCUGCAGUCGUACAAUGGUGGUAACCUGAUUUCUGAAGAGGAUUACAAAUUGUCGUCUCAGAUGCUGGAUGCGUUAAAUUCAAGUUAUGCCUCCUGCUUGCGAGAUGAUUUAGUCUUGCCCAAACUUGAGGGGUCUUACGUGUUCCCAAAUAUAGGCUCGAGAUCGGACGAGAACCUGGUACAUGAUACGGCCAUGGCGCAAGAAGCCGCUCAGGACACGGCGAUGAGUGAACAUAGCACGGACCAGAAUGGUGGGGAGCACGCUAAUGGGCCGGUCUAUGCUGUGAGGAUUGGAGCCGUUCGGUCUGGGGGAACGAGGACCGGAGCGGGAGGCAGGAGUCGAGGGGCACGUUCGAUGGGCAAUCCGUUGACCCCACCGGAACGUGUUUCAGACCAUCAUGGGGGUCCAACGGUCCAGGGCCCAACGGUCCAGGGUCCAACGGUCCAGGGUCCAACGGUCCAGGGUCCAACGGUCCCGGGUCUAACCCGGCGGUUGAGAUCUGGAGGGAAGGCCGCGACCCCUGAGUGUAUUUCAGAUGCGGCAGUCUCAGAAACGGUUUCUGACAUCGGUCAGACUAUAAAUAUGAGGCCCACGGCUCGAGGGCCCACGGCUCAAGGGCCCACGGCUCAAGGGCCCACGGCUCAAGGGCCUGUGACACGGGCUAGGCGACAGAAAGUAUUGAGGGCGAAUCCGCUUAAUCCGGGGGUGCCACCCAAGCGAAGAAGGAGAGGCGCCAGAAAAGGCACAUCUCCCAAAGGCGAGGUUCUCAAGACAGAUCUGAGCGAAGAAGGCAACACAGUAGCUGCGGGGCCAGGAACCGGGGGGGGAGGAGCCGUGGCAGCAGGAACUGCGGGAGCAGCAACUACAGCUCCACCAGGUGUGACGCGGAGUACGUCGGAGGCAAUCCCGACUACCGAGCAGCAGCCUGCUGGUCAGUCGUCUGCGGGGCAUCCGUCUGCUGGGCAGGCUGGUGGGUUACCUGUUGAUCAACGGCCUGCUGAUGAGUCUGCUGCUGAGCCGGCUGCUGAGGCGGCCGCUAGUCAGAACGAGAGGGGAAGCGGUGGCGACGAGGUUCCCUCAACGGCGUUGGACCCUUCGUAUUUGCCGGCUAGAGCUGUUUAUUCCAAGAACGAAUCGGAGGUGGUGGAUUUGACGGAGCAAACUUCUGACUCGCCUGACGGGGGGAAGUCGAGCGUUCCCGGUUCUGUUCCCGGUUCCGUUCCCGGUUCCGUUCCGAUUGCCGGUUCCGCUGUUUCCGGUUCCGUUCCGAUUGCCGGUUCCGUUCCGGUUACUACGGCGAAGAAGGUACGUCCGUACUGUUCAUUGCAUGGCGAGUUUGAACGGAGCGCCGGCGGGUGUGGAUUGUGUGAGCAGCAGUUGCGCGUGACGUUUGCGAAGAACGGUUUUACCUUGUUGCGAACACACGCAAAUGUGAGGGGUCGAACAUACGAGUUACGUUGUAUCCGAGGACAUAUCGGCGUGUAUUCUGGUGUGAACCAGGGUUGCCAGGCCUGCCUACGUGAGAAGGCUGAGGCGGAGGCGAAGUCACGGGCACGACAGCAAGAGGAACGACGCAGGGAAGCAGAGUGUUAUCGUGCGCAACAACGUGUGUUCGGAAAUGGUCAACAACAACGCAUUGUCUGGCCUCAGACUGAUCCUAGUGGACAGGCUACUAUCGACAAACUGCUUAACACACGACGCAGUAAACUCCUGCCUUGGGAUAUCUUCGGCAUCAAAAAACCUACUCAGCAAUCCCAAUAUUCUCAUGCACUCGCCACUGCCAAAAUCCUAUAUAAAAAACUAGUCAUGAGAGUACAUCCGGACAAAUGCCAGCUACCCAACAGCAAAGAAGCGUUCCAUAUACUUGAUGAAGCCUGGAAAACUGUACAAAGGUCUCUUGGCCAGUAA